AUGGCAGAGCUUAGACACGAUGCGGCUGCCAGGCCGCGGGAGAUACGGCUGAUCAGACAGACGAGCGGCGGGCUGGCCUUCGACGUCCCCCCGCCCGUUUCAACUCGUAACGCCGGCAGGAUGUUUUCUAUCAGGGACGCUAUCGAGGCCAGGCGGCAAAAAGUUGCCAAGAAGAGAGCAGAGACGAGGGAAGAGUUUGACAUCAUGUUGGAGACAGCGGAGAAAAGACGAAAGACCUGUACAGGGAACCGGCUGUGUGUGAAAAAGACUCCCAAGCGCCCCAGCCCGGUGUAUUACAACCAGGAGAUGACACCCAUAGAGACGGAGGCACUGAAGCGACACCGCAAACUUCACCCCCAGACGGACUUCCAGCUCUUCUCCUUCUCCCCCAGUCCCAAACCCGUCCACGACACCAUACGUGGCUGGGGGCUCGGCGGAGUCGCCGAUAACGUCACUGCAGAGCCUGCUCCUCCUUCUACCAACUCUCCUCACGCCACAUGCCACACAGGGGCGCCGCCUAACGACACGAAGGAGCAUUACAGACGCGCUUCUCGCGAGCACGUCUCGCCACUUCGUCCUCGCGAUACUUGCAGCCCCACGAGAUCUGCAUUUCGCAACUGGAGACAGAAGAACGACGCACUUGGCAAUAGUAGUCCGUCCUCCCCAACAAGCUCAGUGGGAGAAUUCGACUAUGAGUCAGACUUUGAGGACAAUGGCGAUGAUUUUGGUGAUGCUUAAUAAAGUAA